ACAUCGACUUUCGAAGCGAAACCCCGAACAACAACGUCGUCUACUUUCAUAGAGUAUUUGUUCUUUUAUACAAAGUUUAUAGACGUAAAAUUGUUUUUGAUAGAUUUUUCAAUAUAGAAGACUGACAAGAAUGCAAGAAAUUUUAUGGGAUAUUUCCUUAUAUCUCUGCAUUCAUUAUUAUAGCCAUUCUAAAAAUUCCUCAACACUUUUGGAUACCUUAAAGAUUCAGACAUGGUAGGUGGAUUGGCAUCUAGUCAAGAGGUACAAAGCGCAUCGCUUAGACGCUUCCAGAAGUUUGUAAAAAUUAAUGUAACAGGAAUUUUGGAUGAUACAACCUACAACAUGAUGAACACCCCUCGAUGCGGACUAUCCGAUGUCGACCCGGAUAACCCGGACAACGAUCCGAACACGGGUUCGCUGGAUAGCCUCGCGGCUAGGCGUAGAAAAAGAUACGUACUCACUGGUAACAAAUGGGAAAAGAACGAACUCAAGUGGCGCCUUAAUGACGGAACGAACGACCUAAGAAGAAAUCACGUAACAAAUAUUAUGAAUAAUGCACUCCAGUUUUGGGAAGAUGCCUCUGCUUUGGAUAUUACUGAGGGAACCGGCAGUGACGCGGAGAUCCAAGUAUCAUUCGAAGAGGGCGCACACGGUGACAAUGGUCCUUUCGAUGGGCCCGGCGGUACGCUUGCGCAUGCAUUCUAUCCGACAUCUCCCCCAGUUAGCCUAGCGGGUGACGCCCACUUUGAUGACGGUGAAACAUUUACGGAUGGUCAAAGUACAGGAACAAACCUGUUACAGGUUGCCACACACGAGUUCGGACACAGCUUGGGUCUCGACCAUUCUGACGUUAGGGGUGCUGUGAUGUUUCCCUUCUAUUUAGGUUACAAUGCGACUUUUGCUCUUGAUCGUGAUGACAUCGCCGGUAUACAAGCUAUAUAUGGCGUAAACGCUAAUGAUCCUGAGCAGCCUGAUGGAUCAGGCGCCAAUUGUUUCCCUGUAACCAUAACAUGGGCCACGAGUACACAGGAUGGCAGACAUUAUCUAUGCAACGCCACUUACUGUUAUAGAAUGUCCAGUAACAUAAUUGAUGCCGGAUAUCCUAAACGGAUCCAAGAAGACUUUCCCGGACUACCCGAUGGUCCGGAUGCUUCUUUCUACUACCCGGCCACUGGAAAAACAUACGUCUUUAAGGGAAGUGAAGUCUGGCGCAUGUCAAACCAAAGCAUUGACUCCGGAUAUCCGACAGGUAUUGAAUCCGAGUUUCCCGGUAUACCGAGUGACUUGUCCGCUGCAUUCAUCUGGCAUGCCAACAAUAAAAUCUACUUUGUGAAAGAUACCGAGUACUACCGCGUCUCUAUCCCUGGCGGUGGAGUCGAUCUCGAUAGCGAAUACCCCUAUCCAAGAACAUUCUCAGCAUGGUGGCGCGGUCUCCCAAGCACCAUCGACGCCUCUUUCCAAUGGCACUGGAGCGAUGCCGAGACCUACAUGUUCUCCGGUUCCCAGUAUUACCGACUUCACCCUUUCAGAUCCGAGGUUUUGAUUAGUGUGCCGCCUUAUCCGAGAGAGACCGCGGUUUAUUGGUUCGAUUGCGAUCCGACUGAUGGUAUAAGCGACAGCGGGUUCAAUGCUGGGAUAAGAGCUGUGGAGUUACCAUCCGUGGUGGCAAUCAUGGUUGUCGUGUUCCUGAAUACCUUAUGGGUUCUCAAUUAAUUUGGAAUAAUUUCUGAAGAGGGAUAUAAUUUAAAAACAAAGUGAGAAAUCAUAAGAUUAUGAAUUUAACCCAGAGGAUAUUUUUUUCAUCUGUCCACGUAUUUCAAAAUUCACAAAGAUAGAUAGAUACAUGUAGAUAACUGGUUUAUUGAUUAAAAAAACCCAUCAUUGUUGCAUAGCCGAAUUGCGGUGAGUAUACUGAGGCAUGAUCACAUUAAAAGCAUUAUAAUACAAAAAAAGUAAACAAGUUAAAAAGUGUAUCCCAUAUCGUAAAUUCAUAAUUUCAUAAAAAGGGAAUAUAUUUUUAAGACAAUGGAGAAGUAUCUUAAAAGUUCAGUUAAAUUUUUUGGAUCAUUUAGUCUUUAAAUAACAUAUAACUUAGCCAUCUUGAGAGUUGCUGAGGGGUAAGUAAGUUAAGUUAAGCUUACUUCCAUGCAAAGUAUGAAGUCCAAGAUAUGGCAUAAUUGAGAAAAGAGGGAUGGACUUUGCCUCAGAAAGGGGUGGAAAAAGACAGAAAGAAAACAAUGAAUAAACUGAAUUAUCAUUUGAUUUUGGUAAUUCGAUUUUAAUGUAACAAUCCAACUUUUAAUUCAAUUCACGAGAAAUAUCUGUGUGCAAGACACGAUUAUCGAUACGAUUUAUUUGAUCUUGACAAAAAAAGUAUUUUUUCCGUGAAAACCUGAUCACCAGCCAACUUCUGUCUUAUAGCUUAUGAAGUAGGGCUCAGAAUAAUGACUCAAAUGUUAAUGGCCAUAAUGAUCGCAGUAACCAUACAUUGCUAUCCUCAUUUUGCAAAAGGAAUGACAAAAGUAUUUUUUUAAUGAAAUCUUACAAAAGAGAUAAAUUAUCACAUUAACCUAUUAUGAAGUCUUCCUUAUUUCACUUUGCAUGAUAAUUUGUGUUCAUUUAUGAAAUCUGGUCCGAAAUUAGAACUAUCUCUAUGAAAAUGUAAAUUUAUAGGUAAAUCAAUUUGAUUAUGCCUCUUUAUAUGAAGAGAUUUAUUCCAAAAGGAGCUAAAUCCACAUAAUUAUAACAGUAUUUUUUCAGCAAAUCAAUGUUUUUAAUUUACCACUUUACCUUAUCCACUCUAUUUAAUUUUUACUGUGCUUUCAUCUGAGAUUUUCAAGAUUUUUUAAAAUUAUUUUCGUUUCCAUGAAUUUAUCUCUUUUUGGAAUAAAAAAACCUCAGUCCGAUGUCCAUCUUUGCACAUUCAAAACACGUUUAAUAAUGGAUAUGGAAAUAAAAAUGAAACACAUUAUGUUGCAUUAGAUCUUUUACAUCCUUUCUGAUGUUUGUCCACUGUGAAUUGAAAAGGGAAAAUGGGAAAUGUUCUUAUUUUGUCUAAAGAGUUGAAUUUUCGUCGUUUUAUUUUAAAAGGAGCUAUAUCAAAAAAUAUUCAUUAGCCCGAUAUUUAUGAAAAUAAAACUCUUUGAAAGCAUAUAACAUAAUGUGUUUUAAAAUAAUCAAAUCCUAAAUGACCAUAGUGGAUUUAACUACUCUUUUUGAAUUUAGCUCCUUUGGAAUAAAACCUAAAUUUAUAAAUAUUUUUUGCCAAUCAUCCACAAAAUAUUUUCAAUGCGAUAUGGUGCAUUUGAUUCCCAUGUAAAAUGUACACAUGUUUAACUUUACGUGCAGUUUUGGUCAAAAGUGGAUUGAGCCCCUUUUGGAAUUAAGCUCUUCUUAUAUUGUAUAAUGUUAAUUUUUUGGAAUGUGGUGUGUUUUGUAUGUGUGUAGUUGAAAGGGGAUGUGGUAGCAGCAGUGAGGGGGAUAUUAGGAGGUAGGGUUGAUGUAAUAAGAUGAAAUAUCUUCACCUUUAAAUUUGCUUAAGAGCUGAUAAUUUCGAGAAAAAAAAAGCAACGAAAAUCUUAUCUGAAAUUUAGAUUUGAGCUGAUUUUAGUGAUUGAUGUAAAGUAACUUUAAAGUAACUUUAUGAAGUUCAAAUAAUAUAUAUGUUCUGAGUAUUGAAUGGAAAAACAAAAACCAUGUAUAGUUUGCUAUAUAUAUUUUCACUGAUUAAUUGUUAUGUAUGAUUUAUUCUACAAAUUUUUAUGUUUCAAGAGGAAGAAAUAAAAUAUAGAACUUUAAAAACUCA